ACGAUGUUUUUUGCUUUCCCGCAUUUGUCCAACCAUUCUGAAUUGGAUCUAAAUGAUUUAAACCUCUGCGAAAACAAUAAAGAACAAAUUUGGAUUUGGUUAGCCGGCACAUUGCUGUGUUUUUUGGUGGGUUUUCCAGCAUCUGUGGCCAUCCUUUGGGAUAUGUUCAAAUCGCGCAGAGAUGGAAAUUUCCUCACACCACAUUCUUUCUUCUUAUUGAAUCUCACCAUCAUGGACGCUGUGUUCAUGUUCUUCAUCCCACCCGGAUUCCUGAAUUAUUUACUGUUGCACGAUCUCAAAUUUGAUGCAAUUUGGAAUUUUGUCUAUGCUCUGAACCUUUGUGGCAGACCCUUGACCAUGGCCUGUAUUUGUCUGGACUGUUACCUGGCUGUGGUUCAUCCAAUUACCUACCAUCAAAGGAAAAGUCUGACUCCGCGGGUUAUUCUGGUGAGCCUUGUUUGGACUCUGACCAUUGCUUCUGGGUUGGGAUAUGCUUUUGAUUACACUUUAUUUGCGACCAUGUUUCCCACCGUGCCAUACCUAGUAGCCGUCGUAAUAAUUGGAGUGUGCGACUUCUUUAUCAUUUACACAUUGAUUAAGUCUGACCCGAGCAACAAUACCAUUCACCCACAAAAGAGAAGAGCUCUUCAGACAGUGAUCAACAGUCUGGUCAUGACUCUGAUCUCAUAUCUACCCCCAUUACUCAUCUACUGUAUUGCGAUUCCUCAGUUCAGUGCCCAGAACUUCAGUUGUAUUUUCAGUAUUCCAGCUUCAAUCACUACCACUCUGGGAUCGGCUGUGAUGCCUUUGCUUCACUUGAAUAACCUAGGUAAACUGGAACACUUUAUGUUUGGAUGCUGCAGAAAAGAUUAGAUGAUUUCCUCUUGUUUUGUUAAAGACUGAGAAUGAGAAAUAGGUGUAAUGUAUUGUUAAAACCUCUGUUGAUUGUCGUCAAGUUAGAAUUAGACGAUUUCAUGGCUUCUGUGCUGUAAUGUAUUUAUUUCCUG